AUGGGUAGCGCGGUCGAAGCGUGGGAAUUGCAGGAACGUGUCAUCGCUCGGGGAAAGGCUCAAGCUGCAAUUCGAAAACUCGGUAUUCCAUGGGAACAUUUCGUUCAAGAUGUCAAGAACGCAGGCGCCGAAAUCCACGUCCUUACACCUACGCGAUACGAAGCACCAUCGAGUAUCCCAUAUACCAACCAAGAUGCGAAUGAGGCGAAUGAGAGGCUGGCAUACACAUAUGUAGAUGGUCAUGUUGCAGAUACGGAUGUUACCUGGAAGAAGACACAUGCGGCAGUGUUUGAGGCAUUGAGCAUGCUUGGUAGGGCCAGGUUGAAGGACUAA